UGCCGUCGUCGUUCACAUAAAUAUAUAUUCGAUUUUAUAUUAGUAUUAAAGAUUAAAUACCGUUUGGGCGCGACGACAACCCUCCACCCCCUGGGGGGGGCGCCACACUGCUGCCACACCUUUGCCAACCGUAGAAAAAAAACUCUAGCGCCGCCACUGCGCGUGCGCAGACACUGACAGUCCCUCUCACUUUCUCACAGUCCGAGUCCGAGUCAGAGCGGAGCGAACGCCGCCGCUUUAACCGUCGUCGUUUUGGACCGUAUUUUUGUCUCUUUUUCGGGGUUUUUUUUGUUUUUUUUUUCGUUAAAAUUCCACCCGGUCGUGACGUCAAACUGUUUUCUGGAUUACUUUUUUUUUUUUUCUUCUCAAAAUGGUGGAAACACCGUAGUCGAGGCUUCCCGCCGCUCGUCGUCGUCGUCCUCCUUCCAGAACCUUCCACCGGAAGUUUCGGCGGGAGAAGCGGGGGGAGAGCGACUCGUCCGCCGGCUCUGCCUCUUCCCCCCCGCCCGCAAUGGUGGGGCACCUCCACCUCCAGACGAUGGACGAUAGUCUGAAAGGAAAGAACCGGGAAGGGCUGCUCGACAGCCCCGACUCCGGGCUGGCCCCGAGUCCCGGCCCGCCGUUCUGCUCCCCGUCCCCGGGUCUGACCGAGUCCCGCUCCGGCAGCUGCCCGACACCGGUGGAGAGUCAGCCCGGCUGUUACCGGCGGGAGAACCGGGAGGGAAAACUGUUGCCGUACUUGUCGCCGAACUCCGCGGGGACCGAGUCCAAGGUCCGCAUGCACCCGGUGUUUUACGGUGAAAGUAUAGAAGUCGACCCCAAUCCGGAGCGGGAAGUCAGCUGUAACUCCGAGGUCCGGUACGACUCCGACAGACACCACCGGGACGGCGUGUGCUGCGCGCCCUUCCCCACGCCCACCGCCUUCAGCGAGACGGUGGUGGCCGUGCGGAACUGCACGUGGAGGCGCUACAGGACCCAGGUGUACCUGGAGCCCCGGCAGAGGCCCGUGAAGUACCAGAGCACCACCAUCGUCUACCCCAAACGGGCCAAGAACGUGUACCGCACCACCCUCAGCUACAGCGCCCCCGGCUGCCGCCGCUGGUUCGUGUCCACGGUGCAGCUGGAGUCCAGCCGCGACUCCGGUCCCUGCAUGGUUUACAUGGAGGACCUGUAGAGGGGACGGACACGGGAGACGGGGUCUGUCCUCGGAAACAUCCUGGAACUCGAAAAAGGGAAAGUCUGGAUCCUGUUAAAAAAAAAAAAAAAACUCCGUUACCCAUCAUGCCCUUUGGGUGACCUUUGACCUUUUGAGAUUGUCCCGUCCACGUCUGGAGCUGCGCCUGAUGCGGUUCGUGUCUCUGUGUGUGUGUGUAUGUAUGUGUGUGUGUGUGUGUGUGUGUGUACGUACCGAGGUGAAGCGGGGACCCCGAGUUUGACGUCCUCUCAGAGGUCCUCCGGAGGGGACCACGUCAAAACGGACCAAAGACACUUUGUCUCACACACACAAAUACAUAUAUGUGUAAAUAUAUGUGUAAAUAUAUGUGUGUAUAUAUAAGGGCGGAUUUUGUUUUUUUUUUGUUUUUUUUUUAUUUCUGAGGAUCCUGGGAGUGGACCUCAGUCCGGUCCGGUCCGGUCCGGUCCGGUCUCUCUGCCGGACCAAUGCCGGAACAAUAUGGAGUUGUUGGGCUCUCUCUCUCCUCAAGGUGGCGCUCUCUCUCUCUCUCUCUGUUCGUGCUUGCAUGCUACGGUGAAGUGAAUUGUGGGAAAAAGCUGGAGGAAAAUACCAGUAAUAUACCAGUUAUCUCACUGUUGAGGACAACAACACUGGGGUUAGUCUGCUAGACCAGCCGACCAACCAGAGACACUGGAGAGGAUGACAUCAUCAGGUGCUAGGAAGAAGAAGAAGAAGAAGAA